AUGGCUGGCCUGGCGGAAGAUGUUAUAGGACUGGCAGUAGGUGAAGUUGUUGGACUGGUGGUAGAGCAUAUUCUAAGACUGGUGAUCCAGUAUUUAGCUAAGAUGAUGAAGACGUGUCAGAUAUCUCUAAGUAGAAUAUAUUAUUAUAUACAUGUAGUAUGGCUGUUAAUUGCUUUGAAAACAGGGUUCAUAUCCUUGGGUGAUUACAAACAACCAUACCCAGUUUCGUCGAUAUCAGCCAGGAAUUGUGCCUUGUAUAGUGUUUACGAGCAAUUGUGGAUUACGGACGGACCGACCGACGGACCGACGGAAAGAGACAACGUCUCCUUGGCACCAACAGAAAGGUUGAAUAUCACAAUAUUCACACAGGAAAGUACUUGGAACGAAGCCUAUUAUGCUUGUCAAUAUCAUGGUAUGGAAUUACUAACAAUGAAAUCAAAAGACGUUGCUGAUGCUUUGAGUUUACUCUUUGCAAAUAAUUCAACGAUUUCUUUAAGUGAAACAGAUUAUUGGAUUGGUCUUUACGUCCUAGAUGUAACCACUGAAUUUUUUCAAUGGACUGAUGGUGACGGUCUUGGAAAUUGGACUCUAUGGUUUUCUCCAGAACCAAACUCCAUUCAAUCUGACAGAUGCGUCCGUGUACACGAAGAUCCAACCAAUUCCUUUGAGUGGAAAACAAUGCUAUGUGACCGUCCUUAUGCAUUCAUAUGCCAACAAUAUAUUGGAGAAUGUACAAUGGAGCUGACCUCAUUGUUACCAGUUGAAGAAAAACAGAAAACAGUUAGAGUAGUAGAUAGUGAAAAGGAUUGUAACAACUUGUGUCUGUCUGUAAUACUCAACAGCACUGAGCAAUGUUUUAUAGCUUAUAAAGAUAAACAAUUUUGCAAUAUGUAUCUUUCGGAAAACCCAGGAGAUUUUAUACAAGUAGACAAAGUGCUGCCAAAAGACGUGAAUUACUACAGAAAGAUUUGUUUUCAAGGUUUCAAAAGUCAGCGUAUGGUCAACUACACUAAUACACAUACAAUGCCAUUUAUGAAUAGUAGUGUAAGCGAUUCAUAUUUAAAUUCAUCCGAGAUAGACACCUUAAACCACAAGACAACUGUAACUACCACAUCGCCUAUUUCAUCUGAAAUGACAUCAGCUUCAACAACAUCCGAUGAUGCUGUAAUGUAUGACGAGUUGACAACGUUGAUAUUGUCUCAUCAGUUCGAGUCAUUAGAGCAAAGAGAUACGGCAUCACUAAAAUCAAGUACAACUAUGCUAUCGACAAACAAAUUAUCUGCGCUGUCAACAUCAAUUUUAACAUCGCAAUACAUGCCGUCAGAAUAUUUGAAUUUAUACAGUACACCACCAUGGACUAUAACGGAAAUUAUAAUGACGAUUCACUCCACGCCAACUGAAUCAUCAACGCUUAUUGGGGCAUCUGAAAUAUCUAUAUCAGUAUCAUCAAUUGAGUCUUCUGCGCUCUCUGAUCUGAUAUCUUCAUCUGACGCCUCUUUAUCGGAUGCCGAAACAGAAACAACAUAUGAAUUAGAACCAUCUUUAACAUCCAGAGAACUUCCUGAACACACAACCUUCCCAUCUGUCUUCUCAUCAAUAUCAGGAUGGUUUUCGGUGGAAAUACAUUCGUCAUCAAAAGUAUGGUCAAUUUAUACAGAAGAAAUGCUCAGAUCAACAACUGAUAUUCUGACACUUGAAUCCAUUCCGACAAUCAACUAUUCUACUUAUAAAAGACGUAUGUCAGAUUUUCUUCAAGACAAAAUUUGGGAUAAAUGUAGUUCAUCGACGUUUAACAUUAUUUUAGAGAGAGCCUGGUUUUCGUUGAAGAAGUCUAGCUUAUAG